AUGGGUUUUUUCAGUACUAUUUUUGGGAUUUUCGGUUUCGGUUUUGGGAUUUCAAUUGGUCUCACUGUUGGUUACAUUCUCUUCAUUUACUUUCAGUCUACCAAAGUUGAGGAUCCUGAAAUUAAGCCACUGGUGGAUCAAGAUGCUGAGAGUUUGCAACGAAUGCUACCUGAGAUUCCUAAUUGGAUUAAAAAUCCUGAUUUUGAUAGGGUUGAUUGGCUUAAUAAGUUUAUAGAACUUAUGUGGCCUUAUCUUGAAAAGGCAAUUUGCAAGACUGCUAAGAACAUUGCGAAACCCAUAAUUGAAGAGCAGAUUCCAAAAUAUAAAAUUGAUUCUGUUGAGUUUCAAACACUCACUCUAGGGUCCCUGCCCCCAACUUUUCAAGGAAUGAAAGUUUACGUGACUGAUGAAAAGGAGUUGAUUAUGGAGCCUUCUAUAAAAUGGGCUGGAAAUCCUAAUGUUACCAUUGCUGUAAAGGCAUUUGGGUUGAAAGCUACCGUUCAGGUUGUCGAUUUGCAAGUUUUUCUUUUGCCUCGCAUUACUUUGAAGCCUUUGGUUCCCAGCUUUCCUUGCUUUGCCAACAUCUAUGUUUCUCUCAUGGAAAAGCCACAUGUUGACUUUGGCCUAAAACUUAUGGGGGCUGAUCUUAUGUCUAUUCCUGUUGCCUACGGGUUUGUUCAGGAGCUUAUCAAAGAUCAGGUUGCAAACAUGUAUCUGUGGCCCAAAAACAUGGAAGUUCAAAUACUAGAUCCGGCAAAAGCUUUGAGGAGGCCUGUUGGAAUUUUACAUGUAAAGGUUCUGCAUGCCAUGAAGUUAAAGAAGAAAGAUCUUCUUGGUGCAUCUGAUCCUUACGUGAAACUAAAGUUUAAUGACGAUAAGAUGCCAUCAAAAAAGACUACUGUAAAGCACAAGAACUUAAAUCCUGAAUGGAAUGAAGAAUUUAAUUUGGUAGUCAAAGAUCCAGAGACCCAGGUUUUAGAGCUCAAUGUUUAUGACUGGGAGCAGGUUGGGAAGCAUGACAGGAUGGGUAUGAAUGCGAUCACUUUAAAAGAAGUUUCUCCUGAAGAGACUAAACGUUUUACUCUGGACCUUUUAAAGACAUUGGAUCCCAAUGACCCUCAAAAUGAGAAAUCACGAGGACAGAUUGUUGUGGAAUUGACUUAUAAACCCUUCAACGAAGAGGAGAUGGGCAAGGGCUUUGAUGAGACACAGACAAUACCUAAAGCUCCUGAAGGCACUCCAGCUGGUGGAGGUCUUCUUGUAGUUAUAGUUCAUGAAGCUCAAGAUGUUGAAGGGAAGUACCACACAAAUCCACAUGUACGUGUUAUUUUCAGAGGGGAAGAAAAAAAGACUAAGCGCAUAAAAAAGAACAGGGAUCCAAGAUGGGAAGAUGAGUUCCAGUUUCCGGUAGAGGAGCCUCCCACCAAUGACAAACUACAUGUAGAGGUUGUCAGCACUUCAUCACGAAACCUGCUCCAUCAGAAGGAAACACUUGGUUACGUCAAUAUCAACCUCGGGGAUGUCGUUUCUAACAAGAGAAUCAAUGAGAAAUACCAUCUUAUAGAUUCUAAGAAUGGUCGCAUCCAGGUAGAGUUGCAGUGGAGAACUUCAUAA